UGGAACUCACCAACAGGACAAACGUGUGACUCAGGAAAAAAAAAAACCCAACCAAGAACGACAUUUACAGCAGCCGCCGGAAAUGGAAACCAUGCAGGAGUUGAUUCCAUUUGCGAAGGAGAUGCUCCGUCAGAGAGCCAACCGGAAGCUGCUGGGGGUUUACCUGCUGGGCUCCGUGCUGGCGGUGCUGGGCACUGCCGUCGGGCUGGUUGAGACUCUCUGCCACCCCUUCUCCUCAGGUGAGCCGCUGGAUGCGGAGAUGCUCCUCCUGUUGGCCUCCGAGCGGAGAGAAGUUGAAGCUGGUGGACAAGCACAGCCCACCCUGAAAGCCGGGGGACAGGAGGAGGAGGAGGAGGAAGAGGAGCUUGUUCCAGAGAGCCGAGCAAACACCCAGAACCCGACCCGGGCUAAGAGCCAUAGACUCAGCCAGCGAAACCUGGCCAACCGCCUGCAUGCUUCCUAGAUUCACUGCGGUCAAAGCAAAGUGGCUGGAAAUAUUUAUUGGAGACUGCUGCUGCUGCCACACCGGGGUUUUUUUGGUGUGCAACUCGCACAAAAGACUGAAGUUUUUCAGAGUAAUGGCGUCUGAACCGCCGUUACACGCUGCCGGCCGAUGGCCGUGGCUUUGACGGACUGUCAGAAUGCGGACGGGCACUGCAACGCUCAGAGGUUUCUAUAGUAUAGAGAGAGAGAUUAUUAAACAAUACCUGUAAACCGCAGCAUUAGUGAGUCUGUGAGGAAGUUACUCUGCAGCGCCACCUACUGGCAGCUGGUUGUGGAAGGAGAAGGAAGAAGUUCGCUGUACAUGUUAUCUAACUGUAAAUAUUGCUACAUUUUGUUACUUUCUAUUAAAAGUCUAUUUUCAUGUCUGA